AUGGAUAACCCUGAUGAUAUGGGUAAACCCGAUAUAUAUGAACCUGAUAUAAAUGAACCUGAUAUAAAUGAACCCGAUAUAAAUAAUAAAUCAUUAGAAAAAUAUCAUUAUAAUGCUUCAAUUAAAUCUGAUGAAAAUGAAGUAAUAUUUCCUGAAGAAAUGGCUGAAGAGCUUUUUAAUAAAGUUUCUCUAGUUGGAUCUGAUGAAUACUUUGAAAAUAAUUUGAAUGGAAUUAAUUUUGAAUCAAUUAUUAUAUUAGACGAUUUUAAAGACAAUAAAGAUACACCUCAAGAUAUAACAAAAAAAAUUUUUAGCAAAAAACCUCGCAAGUAUCAGAACCCUGAAUGUCAAAGAGAUCGUGAAUCAAUUGAAUGCUUUGAUUGUAAUGGAAUGCUUAAAAUUUCCAUAAAUAUGAUAACCAAUAAUGCAUCUAUUUACCUUAAAUAUAAAAUUCUUUACCAACGACCUGAAAGGAAUAGAGUUACAGAAGAAAUCAAAAAUAUAAUUCAAUCAAAUCUUCAUUUAAUGCCAAGUGACAUUUAUAGAAUAUUAGAGUCGAAUCAUCCUGAAAUAACACAAAAACAAAUUCAUGCAUGGUGGACAAUUUUCAUUAAAAAAAGAGGUAGACAAGAUAGUGCACGAACUGAAAUUUUGGCUAAUUUUUUUAAAAUAUUAAUGUAUUUGGGAAUGGAUCAACUUAUUUGUAUGUAUAUGGAUAAAGAUCUUGCUCAAAUAUUAGCAAAAGCCCUUAAAAAACGAUUAGCUGAUAAUACUUUACCUCAAAGAAUAACAUAUAGUUCGUACGAUGCACAUAGUACAUUUAACUUUAUUGCUUUACCGUUACUAACUCAAAAUACUUUAUCAAUUCGUAGACCAUUAUUACCAAUAUCAGAUAAUUCAUUACCACCAUUAUCAAAUUGUAUAUCAAAUAAUGAUGAUAAUAAUUCAUUGGCUGAUAUUGCUACAGUAAUGGAUAAUGAAAAUUCCGGUCAACUUUUUGAAAACUAUGAGUCAAUUUUGCAAGAUGCACUAUUAAUAGUACAAGAACAGCGUGAAGCUAAUAAUGUUAAGUGGGCAAAGGCUGUCGAGAAAAGCUUUGAAGGAAUUAGUACCAUGGUGACGGAUAUUAAAAAAUAUAAGUGA